GAUGAGGCUGCUCCAGCUGACAAACAGUACAAACAGGAGCCAGCCCAGGUCACUUACUCAACAUCAGCUGUUUCCAGCACACAGGAGGUGUUGUACAUCAAUGGAAAUGGGACUUACAGUUACCAUAGUUACAGAGGGCUCGGAGGUGGGCUACUAAAUCUCAACGAUCCUUCUAGCAGUGAUCUGCAGCCUACCUCUACCACAGCCACGACUCAGCACUGCAUCCCAGGCACCACAAACGUCCAGUCCCCUUCCAGCUCAGGUCCGACAGAUCUCAGUAUGAAGAGGCAAUUAGCAACCAGCUCUGGAUCCUCCAGUAGUUCAAGCUCUAGACCCCAGCUGAGUCCAACUGAAAUAAAUGCAGUGAGGCAGCUUGUGGCAGGGUAUCGAGAGUCAGCUGCAUUUUUAUUGCGUUCUGCAGACGAACUGGAAAACCUUAUUUUGCAGCAGAACUGAGUCACAUGUCCUUCACACCGGCCUGGUCUUAUCUCGGAGUUUCCACUAAUGACAUUUUGAUUUCCCAGAGCACACACUUCAGUUACUGCACAGUCUUUUAGGAGAGUUAAUUACCAUAAUGCCACACUGUUCUUGAUCCAUAAAGUGAUGUGUUAAGGUGCUUCAAGUGAACUUCAACCUCGGGU